GGUUUAUAAAGAACGAAGGUGUGAGGGUACAAUCUUUAACUUUCUUCGAUGACUAUGUGAGGGAAUUCACUGGAUAUGGCAGCAUUUUAUGAAAUAGAUUUUGAAGAUCUAGAAUUCUAUGAAAGGUGUGGUGGUGGAUCUUUUGGAAGUGUAUACAGGGCAAAAUGGAAGUCAGAGAACUUGAUUGUGGCAGUUAAAAAGUUGUUAGUACUGGAUAAAGAGGCACAAGUACUAAGUGUAUUGAGUCACAGAAACAUUAUCCAGUUUUAUGGAGCUGUAGAUGAAGAACCAAACUUCUGUCUUGUUACUGAAUUUGCUAAGAAUGGAUCUUUAUAUGAUUAUCUGAAGAAUGAUAAAGAUAUGUUAGAUUUUGCCCACAUUGUACGAUGGGCCAGAGAAAUUGCGCAGGGCAUGAAUUACUUACAUGAAGAAGCUCCAACCAAAAUAAUACACAGAGAUUUAAAGUCCAAAAAUGUUGUUAUUUCCCAUGAUAUGAUCUGCAAGAUCUGUGAUUUUGGAGCAUCAAAGUUUAUGGGUAGUACAACUAAGAUGUCUCUUGCUGGAACGUUUCCAUGGAUGGCCCCAGAGGUUAUACAAAGUCAUCCUGUUUCAGAGUCCUGUGAUACUUGGUCAUACGGUGUGGUCUUGUGGGAGUUAUUGACACAUGAGGUGCCAUUCAAAGGUAUAGAAGGAUUCCAGGUCGCAUGGCUAGUUGUAGAAAGAGGGGAGAGAUUAACAAUACCAAGUACUUGUCCUGCAUGUUUUUCCCAUCUGAUGAGGCAGUGUUGGGAGCUGGAGCCAAAGAAACGUCCCUCAUUCAGAGAUAUACUAACCAAGCUACAUACUAUAUCACAUGAUGAUUGUAUACCUGACCAGACCAACUCAUUUCUACAGCACAGAGAAGAUUGGAAAAAAGAAAUACAGGCAACUUUGGAAAGAUUGAAGAGAGCAGAGAGAAAUCUGACAGCAAAAGAGCAGGAGUUACGAGAAAGAGAAAUGAAACUUAAAGAAAGAGAAAGGAGUUUGGAGCAACAGUUUAAAGUUGUUCAUUUGGAAUCAUUUGAUGUCAACACAUGGAGAGAAGUUGAUGUGUUCCAGUGGAUACUACAGAUUAGUAACAAUUACUCAGAUGACCUAGAACAGUAUGCAGACUUAUUUUUACAGCACAAUAUAACAGGGAAGAGGCUGUUGAGAAUGACUCAUGCUGAUAUAGAAAAGUUAGGAAUUUCAUCCUAUGGGCAUAUCUUGGAUUUAUCUACAGAGAUAGGGUUAUUGAAAGCUCAUAAUCACAGACUGCUCAAUUUCCCUCCAUUAGCAAAGGAUGCCUCUCCAAAUACAAAAGAUACCUCAUCCUUAUACAAGAAAGUGACCUUGACAUUUAUAUUUGGACAUCACCAUAGAUUAUCACCAUCAACAGGGGAAUUUAAAUGGAAGAUGUACAUGGAGAUAGAUGAAGAUGAAGAAAUAGAAGAAUUCAAUGCAGUCACAUGUGUAAAAGAUGUAACAUUCUUAUGUUCUAAUGGAACCUCAUAUAAAAUCUCACAUCCACCAUUUAUCAUGGAGAAGUGGGUUACCGGCUCCACACUUAACAUGAUUAUCGAUUGCCAAGUAAAUUUUGAGAAAUCUGUAAGGAAGCCUAAAAUGAUAAGGUAUCAGCACACUCUGGAUCCACAGGGAACCAGUUCUGGUCAGCAUGUUGUGACUCUUACCUUACAACAAUUGGAAGGGACAGAACUAUUAGAAAGUAAUUCUUCACCAACCCAUAAAGUUGUACAUCAGAGUCAGAGCUCUCCUGAUUUACAGGGUGUGUGGUCACAGAGAAGUUUAUUCACAACUCGGACAUUACCAGAAAGUAAAGGAACAGUUGCCAAUUGGUCAUCAGUAGUGUCUGGCAGGAAACCUUCUAAUCCAGACUUAUUUUCUGUUCCAAAUAUUAUAUAUCCUUCACCAAAGCCUAUUCCUGGAACUCCUCACCAGUUAUACCCAUCCCCAGGAUCUCCCUCACUCCAACGAUUUGCUUCAUCAUCACCACAAAGUUCUCCAGGAAUGACGUCAUCCGACUCUCCCUCACUUCAACGAUUUGCUUCAUCAUCACAACAGAGUUCUCCAGGAAUGACGUCAUCAGGAUCAGGAUCUGGUUCACUGUCUGUAUCAAGUCAGAAAUCUCCAUGGUUCUCAAGCAACCCAAAAUCACGUAGGGCGUCAGGGUCUAGUGCGGAAUCUGCUAGAAAUCCUCCACCUCAGCCACCUAACAAGAAAGACCAGGGGAAAGAGGGCUCAUCAAAGAAAAGAUCUGGGGAACAUCAGAAAGAGAGCAGGGUAACCUUUGCCCUUUCUGGUUCAGAAUCAUCAGUUAACAGUGGCAGUGCAGAAUCAGGAUUUAGCGAGAAGACUGAAAAACCUGAGGGGGCAUCCUAUGCUGAUGUUUGUAGCAAAUGUUUGGAAUCAAUGGAAACAAAGUCACAUAGUGAGUCACACAGAGGCAGAGGUCAUCACUAUAGUUACCAGACUAAUAGAGGUCACCAUCACCAAGUUGCUCAUCAGACACGUCCCAGUAGAGGCCCAUAUAGGGGUAACCAAAGACCUCAAAGUGCUGAUGUAUAUAGGAGAGGUAAUCAAGACUAUCAUCAGAAUGAGAGUUACCGUGGUUAUAGAGGUCGAGGUCAAAGUCAGAGAGGUGAUAGAGGUUAUAGAGGGAGAAACAGAGGUAAUUUAAGAUUAAGUAGUGGGCCAAGGGAUAGACGAUUCAGAUCAGGAAAUGACUAUCAUAGAAGUUUUAGUGAUCCAAAACCAGACAUUGAUAAAAUGACAAAUAGCUUAAGUUUAGAGGACAGGGCAAGGACAAGUAGUGCUAAUCUGAGACAUUCUAGUGGGCAACGAGAUAAUAGUAACAAUGAAAGACAUACCAGACAUUUUAGUGGAAACCAAGACGACAGUGAUAAACAAGAAAAGUAAUUCUGUAUGAAAGUGAUGAUGUCAGUGAUUUUAUUUUGUUACAACUUGAAAAAGAUAUCCUCUAAUGGUGCAGCUCUGAUUCAGUUUUUCACUGAACCAUUUCUGUAGAACUAUAUGUAGCCAAAUCAAGAAAUCAAAUGAAAUCUUCUCAGGACACAUUGUUUACUGGUUGUAAAUGGCUUAUGUUGUACUAUCUUUACCCCUUUAAAGGGUCAGUUCAAGUUCAGUGACAGAAAUUAUGUAAGUUAUAUGUGUCUUAACAAAUUGUAAAACAUUUUCUGAAUUUGUUCAUUAAUUCAAAUGCAUUUGUCUUCUUUCAAACUAAGUCUUUAUAUUACAACUAAAAAACAUUAAAUGGUGAAAGAUUUAGUUUAGGUAAUAUAUUGAUGAAAUUUUAUUUAUGUUUCAAAAUAAAUAAUCAAUAAAUUUAUGCACCCAUGAUAGAUUUAUGGAAGCAUAUAUAUAGCCUCAACUUUGUCCCAAUCAAAUGGUUUACGGUUGAUAACUCAGGUUUGCUUUGGAGUACAAUUUUGUAACUUUUAAUAAUUACUUUUUAUUAUGAAAUAAAGUUCAGUUCUUGCUGUUGCCCCAUUUUUCAUUUCAUGGUUAGCCCCUUGAAUUGUUGCCAAAUGGUAGAAAGGGAUUUCCUAUAAGCCACGACCUUAUAAAGGAGUAGGACUGGUAAGACCCUUUUGUGGCCCCACAAUAUAGCAUUUAAAACUUUGUUAAAAAUGUAAACUUUAAGCUAUUUAUUGGAAAGAAGAAUACUUUUGUUACAUAAAUAUGGGUUUUUUUUUUACAUUACACUGCACAUGCAUCAGGUACUAGCAUCAUUAAUUCAUGCAAAAUUACUGCAAUCUUGAAUCACAAUUUUAGCAUUUGCGCUAAUUUUUGGACGUUUUUUUGUCUAAAAUGGCGGUGGCCGCACUUGCGUUCAGUCUUAAUAUUCAAAUAUAUGUUGUAUUUGAUGAUGAUACAUAACAUAUAUAAAGGUUGAGACUGAACACGAAUGCGGCCACUUCCAUUUGAGACUGAACACGAAUGUGGCCACUUCCAUAUUAGACAAAAACCAUCUGAAAAGUGACGUUUUGUGGUAUAUCUGAUAGAUUUUUCAUAUACAAGCUUGAAUUUGGGCGUCUUUAAUGACCAAAUCUUUUACAUAAACUAAUGGAAUUAACUGAAGACAACACUUUUUAAAAAACGUCAAAUGUACUUCAAAUUUUAGGCCAAAAUGAGCCCUUACCGAACUUCUCCUUUUCAGUAUUAAGUUUGAUUUUCACCAAUCACAUUUACUGUUGGAGAUUUAUUCUCCGUUUAUUGUCUGGAAAUGGUACAAUUGAUAAUUUCUAGUAGUUUCUAGAUGAUAAAUUGGUUUGUUAUGAGAUCUAAAUAUGUCUUUAACCUUUUUGGGGUUCUGUCAGGAUGGGGUUUUGGGAGCACCUGUUGGCUUUACCUGAUGUUCACUUGUUUAUGCUACAGAAACUGAUCAAUUUAAAUGCAGUAAUUUUCCUUAAGUUUCCAACUUCUGUAUGCAAAUUGAUAAUAUGCUAGGUCUGAAGAGGAAGUCAUUUGAAUAAGAAAUAUUAAACCCUUGAUUUGACAAUCAUUAAUGGAGAAUAAUCAUUUGUCACAAAGAUUAGUUAGUACCAGAAAACUUAUUCUCCUAGAUGAAGAAAAGCAGUAAUUAUUGAUUGAAAUAAUUAAAAAGAAGAAUUUUGACAAUCCUUUAACUCCUGAGAUCACUUGUCAGAUAAGUUUUGUCAGCACAAUGAGUUUUUGACAAAUUAAUCAGUUUUUGUAAUGAUUUGUAUAAUCAUUUGUGUUCAGCGUAGAGGCUUUUACAGGGGUAUUAUGGGUCUUCAUGGAAACAAUUUUAAAAGAUAUACCAGUAACAAAAUAUUAAACCUGUUCUGUAAAAUUUCAUUUGCUUAAAAUUUACUACAUAUAAUUGUAUUAGUUUUUUAUUAUGUUAAAUUGAAUUACAUGUACAACAUAUUAAUUCAUCAAAAUUAAUAUGUGAAUAAUUUGUGAGUUAGAAUUAAAAGGUGUCAUUUCAAAGUAAUUAAUAAUGAUUUUAUUUUCCAUUUCUUAACAAUCAAAUUAGGUUUUCCACUAAGUUUAUGAAUAUUUUCCCUCAGGGCCUCCUUUCAUUCCACUUAAGUGAUAGAAUAACAAAAAGAUUAUGGUGCACUGAUAAUAUUUGUGUUUUAUUCAUAA